AGCGCCUCUAGCGCCGCCGGCGUCGCUUCGGCGCAUGCGCGGUGCGCGUCGUGGGCUCCCCGACGGGGCUCGAAGUUGCCGUGCGAGCCUACGGCGCAGUGAGUCCUCUUGAGUGUCGGUGCGUGGCGCGUCCCGGAUUAGCGCAGCAAGCGUCGGCGAUGAUCGGAUGACGCCUCGCCUGGAGCCGGCCAAGGGACGGCAGCCAGCCGGCGUCAUGGCGCACGACGAGCCGCAUCACGAGCCCGUCAGGGCCGCCAGCCGCAACAGCACCAACCUCAAGCGGGUGUCCUUCGGCAGUCUCAAGGGCUCGAUGGUGGAGACGCUCGUCUACCAGGACCAGGGCCCCGCCCACGAGCUGGCCCCGCUGCUCAACGGGGGCUGCCUGGAGGAGGAAGACGCCUGGCGCGUGCGGGUCACCGUGUACGACGCCCAGCGGCCGCACCUCGUGUCCAGCCCGGAGUCGCCCAGCCUGGACCUGAUGAGCGUGCCCGUGGCCAUGGCUACCCCGCCGCCGCACGACGGCUACCUCAGGCAGCAGAGCGACAGCGGCCUGGACAACCCGUUCCGGCCUGACGGGGAGCUGAGCAAGGAGGCGGACACGAUUGUGAGCCUGAUCAAGGAGGGCAAGCCCAUCACACCGGUCAAGGGGGAGGCGGACGGCUUCCUGGGGGACCAGGGGGACGGGAGCCGGGCCAAUGGGGGUGGCGACACCAAGGUGGCCCCCUCUCGGGCACCGGGGCCCCUGGGCGCAGAGCGCAGGCAGGACACCAACGGCUCCACGCCGGCCAGCCUCAAGAAGGGACUCGUGGAGGUGCAGCACGGCAUUGUGGUGCCCCCUUCGGACCCCUCGACGGUGGAGCAGGUGAUGAUCAAGAAGAAGCCCAAGUGCAAGUGCUGCGUCAUCCAGUAGGGCCCGCAGAGGACUUGUGGCGCCACGGGCGCAUGGACGCUGUCGCCUCUGAGUGCCUGAGCCCGGUUGCACCCAGCUUCGUGUGGCCAGCGUGCGAGUCGCUCCCCGCUUCUAGCUCCUCCUCUCCCCUGGGGUCUAUUUAUUUAUCGUGAUCCGGGCGCCGCUGAGCGGUGCCCCCCGGUUUCGCGUCCAAAAUCCUUUGGCAGCUUUUUUUUCCCCGGACGGUCGUCUGCCCCGACCGAGCGCAUGUCGUCAAAGUCGAGCUUCCGUCGGCUCCGCCCCCGGAAUCAGCCUAGCGUGCCUUGCGCAACACCCCUGGGCCAACCCACUUCGUCCGCGACUGGCCUCUCUCCGGGCAGGCUUCCCUUUUCUCCGGGCAGCUUUUUUUCUUCCGCGCGUUUGAGACCCCCUCCCCCCGUCGUAUCUUGCGUCGACGCGCGUGAAGAGCAGAGACACGAUUAAUAUAUCACACCCCGUUUGGCCCGAGCCUAUUGUGUAGGUGUAAAUAUGCGCGCACACAUUACGUCGGGCACAGAGUUGGAAAAGCGUGCCUUGGCGAAUCCGUCGCGGUCCGGGCGAGGCAGCUUCCCCGCCAGCCUCGGCGGCGCUGCGUCUGCAACCGCCGUCUCCAUGCACGUGCGCCGUCGUGCGUCGACGACCGCAAAUUGUACAAAGAUGCGUAGGUUUUAAUUUUACAAUUGCGUGUCUCCGAGUGUUGCCGCCGCUUCGUUAGCACGUGCGUUAGGACGUUUUAGGUUUGUAUUACCGUCUGGCCCCCACCCACCUCCGGCGAGCGGACGCUGCCCCAUGCGGGGAGACAGGCCGCGCACUCUAGGGUCGCGCGCCUUCCCCCUCGCGCGGCGCACGUCCACUCGUCGAGCAUGUACAAAUCACGACGUACCAUUCGACGACUCCAAACUGCAAGCUCGAGAGACGCCGACCAUUGUGUAGGCUGAAGCGAAUAAAAUUGUGCACAUCCGA